GCUUUCUGUGCCUGCCUGCCGCCGCAGUCUGCGUGCGCUGUUAGCGAGCGAGUCUGCUCGGUUGGACACUGGGAGCCCCCAGCUAGCUGUUGAGCCAUGGCGUGGUGGUCGUGGCCCUUGGCGCAGCUGGUGGUGUGGUGCUGCGCUGGCGUGCUGGCGGUGCUGUGGUGGCUCUGGCUCACCAGACUCCGCGUGGACCUGCCGGGGCCGCCCACGGUGCCCAUCCUCGGCAACAUUCCGGAAUUCCGCGAGGUGCCUGUCAAGAUACGCAACGCGCGAGACUUGCACCGCGAGUACGGAGACUUGAUUAGGUUCUACAUGGGGCCACUGUUGGUGGUGAUCGUGCUGCACCCAGAUGAUGUGCAACACGUCUUGCUAACAUCAAAGAUGGUAGACCGCACAUACUUCAUCCGGCGUGUCCUCCGGAUGUUCUGCGGAGAUGGUUUACUCACCCUUGGCGGUCGCCCUUGGAAAUUUCACCGAAAACUGAUCAACCCUACAUUCCACUCUGAGCUGCUGGAGGGAUUUCUGGAGGCCUUCCACGAGGGCGGCCUCUACCUGUGCGAGCGCCUGGCCAACACAGGAGGCACCGCCACCGAGAUCUACAAUCCGGCACUCAAGGCAGCAAUGCGCAACAUUUACGACACCGUUAUUGGCAUCAACCAUGACCUGCUGUUACCAGACGAGAUGUCGGAGGAUGAGAUGGCUGGCGCCAUGAGUGAUGCCAUGAUCUCCAUAACGAGUAUACUGACGCGCCCGUGGCUACAUAGCAAGUUCCUGUUGAAGAUGACCGCCAAAGGUCGUAAUGUGUUCAAGAUUACACGGAUGCUGGAGGAUGCGACCAUGAACUUCAUUACCAUGAGGUCGGCGACCACAGAGGAGGGGUUUACCAGCAAGCGCCAGAACCUUGUGGAAUCUCUAAUUAAGCCAGGAGGGCAGCCAGUAAUGCCACUCAGCGAGAUUCGGGAUGAGAUCAUGAAUCUGGCGCUGGCCGGCACUGAGACGACGGCUGUGACAAUGGGCUUCGUGCUGGCUCUGCUGGCCCUCCAUCCAGAGUGGCAGGACGCAGCCCAGCAGGAGCUGAGAGAAGUCUUCGGCCAAGGCGGCGACUUCCUGCGGGCUGCCAGCUCCGCUGAACUGGGCUGCCUUAAGGUGUUGGAGAGCAUCAUAAAGGAGACGCUGCGAUUGUUCCCAGCCGUUCCAAUGAUGUUUCGGGACGCCACAAAGGACCUCUGGCUCUCGAGGCUGGGGGUUCUGGUCCCCAAGGGCACCACAUUGGCUUUCAUGCCCUGCAUCACCCAUCGCCUGCCGGAGUUCUUCCAGGACCCACAGAAGUUCGACCCUUCACGCUUCUUGGAGAACCAUGGCGGCAAGGAGCACGUGUGUAGCUAUAUACCAUUUGGGGUAGGUGCACGCAACUGUGUGGGUUCCCAGUAUGCCCGCCUGCAGCUCAAGGUCUUCCUUUCAAAUGUUCUGAGGCGCUUCCGCAUCCUGCCACACAGCUGCCGGGAAGAUCUGGAGGAAUGCAUACUUACCGUCAGCCAUCAGCCGGUUAAGCCAAUCAAGGUCUCCUGCGUGCCCCUGCAUGAAAACAGCAUAUAAGAAUAUCCUUCACACUGCUGAAGUGAAGGUCUUCCUGACCACUACCAUGAGGCGCUACUGCUUCCUACUACACGGACAUUUUGUGGAUCUGAAGAACAAUGCACUCUGCAUCAGUCUACACACAGUCAAGAUAAUCACAUCUCUGGCAGGUCUCUGUGAGUGCCCAGCACAUCGGACCAGCCUCAACAGAACUACUGACAAAUAUCACAAGGCCGUUUUCAUUCCUACCACAUAGGUGCUGGAAGGAUGUGGAGGUCAACACGUUCCCCACCAGCCAGCACACUGUCAAGACGAUAUUGGUUUACCACGUGAUCCUGCAUAGGUCCAGCGCACAGGACCGCCCUCUGUACUACAGAAGCUGAAGGUGUUCCAGGCCAAUACCCCGAGAGGCUUCAGCUUCCUUCUGCAGGGCUGCUGAAAGGACAGGGAGGACAAUGUUUUCUCCACCAUGCUGCCGACCAUUAUGUUUGAACAACUUAAGAGUUUCUAUGGUGAUGUGUGUCUUGCAGGCCAAUACCCCGAGAGGCUUCAGCUUCCUUCUGCAGGGCUGCUGAAAGGACAGGGAGGACAAUGUUUUCUCCACCAUCCUGCCGACCAUUAUGUUUGAACAACUUAAGAGUUUCUAUGGUGAUGUGUGUCUUCCAGGCUGUAAUAUCUAUGCCUGAGAAUCCUUCUAAACCUCCAAAAUCAGCAUAAAUUUCUGCAAAAAUCGCUACAGUUAUCAAAGUACUGCCUCCAAAAUCAAAAUGACAUCCUUUAAAUAAAUUGCGACCUCUGAUUACUUCUUUUUCAUUUGGCACACUAGCAACUUCAAUAGUAAUUGCUUUCAAGCUCAUCUAUACAGGGAAGUAUGGUCAAUAAUGUGUUCAUCGCAUUAGUAUUGCAGAGGCCUGCUAACAUAUGGACAUUUAGAUUUUUCUGUUCUUGUAAUUUCACUUUUUGCAGGUGGUUUUUGGAUGACUAGAGAGAUAACCACGUAGAUUUUUGAGGCUUAGAAGCAUAGAAGCACUUGCAGACAGAUGUAGUACAGCAUGAAAGACAUAUGUCAUAUCACAGACAACGGGUUCAUUUUGGAAGAACGUAUAUGGAAUAAUAUGAGCAGACAAGUCAGUAACUAUGCAUAGGAGAGAAAGAAAGAUUUAUGGUGAUGUGUAUAUUUUUAUUUCGUGUGAAGUAGAUAAUGAUAACUGUGACAUGUGAUGAUAUAUUAUAGACAAUAAAGACAUAUUUAUUUAAAAAAGACACAUGCCAAAAGCUCGAGGUACGGGCAAGAGGCCAGCACAUAGGACCGACAACAACACCACUGAAGGUCGUUCAGACAAAUUCUCCAAGGUGGUUUUCAUUCCAUCCACACAACUCCUUGAAAGACCUGGAAGUAACACUCUCUCCAUUAGUCAACACACUGUCAAACUGUUCUUGGUCUUAUUAGCGCCUCAUCAUGGGCUGGGGGUAUUGUUUGUUGCAUCUGUGGCAUGCAAUAACUGGCCUGUGUCUCCCUGGUCUUGCUGAAAGAUGACUAUCUCAGGGAGCUGUCUUUAGUAAUUGGGUACAGGCUUGGUGAACCGGAGCUUCCUGAGCUGGGGAUUGAUGAGCACCGCCAGUACUCCGUAACAGUUAAGUUCUGGGCACUUUUCAGUGACCACUGUGUGGUACGGCACUGUAAUGUUGUGUCUCAUAGGGAACACGGAUUUUGGCUUAACCACCUAGACGGCGAGGAUGGUAGAAACCUUUGCAAAAAGCCCUCAAGCUCAAGGUGCAUUGGACGCUGGUGAUGUACAUAGCUGUUGAGGUAGCAGGCAACCUCUGAGAAACCUGCAACACUUCAGUUGUAUAAGGCUCAGCUAGGCAAGCAGGGUUCUGUCUGAGGGGGCUAUUGUCGCAAAUUGCUCAUCGGAACACCAUGGCGAAUCAAAUCAGUUUCUUCACUUCCAAUACAAUGAGUGUACUAUCUGACAGUACUCACACCAAAUCAUCGAAGAGACUGAGCCAGGCUAGUGUGCAGUUCACCAGCUCGUGAACCUACUGUCGAUAAAAGCCUUUGUUCCAUUGUGGUUACGCAUAUUAUAACCCAGGAUUUAGUGAUAUUUCUUCAGCCAUUAACCACGAACCCACAUGCACCUUAUUGGACUUGGAGAGCAGUAUUUUCAUUAUGGAUUAUGAGUGGUACUGUACUGUAAGUACUGGGACAGACGCAAAUUCUCUCUAAAGCCACAAGUUAGUCAGUGGUGAACGAGAAAACAUUCCCAUUGGUCGGCAAUGCAAUAGUGUAAGCCUUCUGGGUUUUUCAUGACCAUAGAAUUAUGCAAUUGCAAGAUGUUUGUCCAUGUGUGUUAUGCAAGGUUUUGAUUCUAUUGUGAAGACUACCAUGGUUCUUGAUUAUUGUGACAAGAAAUUCUGUGCUAAAAUUCAGCCUUACAACAUUUGUACGCUACUUAAUCAUAAUAUAACAUUGAAGGUAAUUCUGUAGAAUUUGAUGUUGCUCCUUUGAAAGAAGUCAAAUUGUAAGGAUUCUCACUGAAUUUAUGAAUGUAAUGAUCGAUCAUUUGGAGGGUGCUACUAAAUUCUGUAUUGACCAAUGGUAUACCCAUUCAUCAAGCACCAUGUCGUUAGUCCCAUCCAAAAAUGAAAGAGUUACACAAGAUUAUUGAGAACUUACUUAUUGAUGGUAUCAUCAGAUCAUCCGUCUCGCUUUAUACUUCUUUGUUGUAUUCAAGGGGAAUGGUAUGGACUGUAGGUCAGUCGUAGAUUAUCGUGCUCUUGUCAAUACUCUUUCACACUGCUCCUUUACCUGUCUUGCACAACUGUUUCACAUGGUUUGCCAGGACACGUUAUUUUACGGUGUUAGAUUUUAGUCAGUUCUACCACCAGAUGCUCUUAACGGAAGAGUCUAAACCUGUGACACGUUCCGUAAAGACUAGAAUUUAUUUGAAUUCCAUUGCGUUCCAUUCAGUUAUGAAUAGCUACAGCUGUUCUUUCACGAUUAUUGGACUCAAUCUUAAGUGAGCUUAUGUUUAAGUGUGUUUAUAAUUGUCUCAAUGAUAACAUGAUAACCACUGACAGAAAAACAUUGCAACACCAAGAAAUAAUAUCCAUGGUCACAACACAAGGAAAAACAAGUCCAUAUAUACAUCAUACUGCAGACAAGCAAAGACAGUCAAUAGCUAUGAGCUAGUGGGACAUAAACUAUUUAAUAAGCUUCCGCAGACAGUACAAGAUCUUCCAGAGUGUGAAUUUAGGAAAACAUUAAAUAAGUGGCUUGUUACCAACCCCUUUUAUGAAUUAAAAGAAUUCUUUGACUGGGACAUUGAGUUGUAAGUCAAUAAUGCUUUAUUAUUCUGUUUAUUAAUGUAACGAUUGUGCUGUACAAAAAUUUGUCUAUUGUGCAAAAAUUUGUCUGUUGCUGUAAUGGCAUAACGACAAUAAAAUUAUCUUAAAAAAAUUGUCUUAUAAACGAAAGUUAUUAGUCUUGAGUCUACAUCUGAAACAUGAAGUCUAUUCAAAUUUCGCGCCAGUCGUAUAAAAUAAUAGCGCCACUAUAAGGAUGCAAAUCAUGUUUGCUUUAAAUAUGUUAUACAUUGUCUUACGUAGUUACUGCUGCGUCUGGCAGUUAGCUAAUUCAUUCAUCUGUUUCGAAGGGAGUAAUGAAGCAAUUUCUGGACUACUGCAGGGUGGCGACAGGUAGGGCAUCUCACCACCCCUUAAAAUUAACAUGCCACUUCCGUUUAACCAUAACAGCAGAGCCCGCAAGCCAGGAUUAAUGUUUGGAAAGUGAGUGUAUUUUGCCUACCGCCUAUCGGCAGCCGGCAGGGGUGGCCGAGCGGUUCUAGGCGCUACAGUCUGGAACCGCGCGACCGCUACGGUCGCAGGUUCGAAUCCUGCCUCGGGCAUGGAUGUGUGUGAUGUCCUUAGGUUAGUUACGUUUAAGUAGUUCUAAGUUCUAGGGGACUGAUGACCUCAGAAGUUAAGUCCCAUAGUGCUCAGACCCUAUCGGUAUCCGUACGCAACACUGUCCUCGUGCCAACCCUAAGACACAUUCCUCAUGCUCGGUUCCCAAGUAGAUGUGUCAAAUAUUCGCGCCUACUUGGGAAGCGAGAGUAAUGAUUACAUGCCAGAGGACCUCCUGAGGAUGGCACUGCGUACCGAUGCCGAUAGCCAGUAG